AUGGCUUGUCGUGCGUUCGUGCUCGUGCUUGCCGCCCUCCUGGCUCUGUGCGCCGCCGCCGUCUCCGUGGCUGCGCAGCAGAGGCCGCUGCCGCCCAAAUACCGCAUCAUCAACCCGGGCAAGUACAAGAGGGACCAGCAGAUGACCCCAACGACAACAAGGCCAAGUGCUUGGCCAAGUGCGACAAGCGGUGCCCUAACCAGUGCGUCGUGCUCUGCCCGGGAUGCAAGACCUUCUGCAGUACUGUGCGACUUCUACCCCGGCGUGUCGUGCGGCGACCCACGCUUCACGGGCGGCGACGGCAACACCUUCUACUUCCACGGGAAGAAGGACCAGGACUUCUGCAUCGUCACCGACGCCGGCCUCCACAUCAACGCGCACUUCAUCGGCAAGCGCAACCCGGCCAUGCGCCGCGACUUCACCUGGAUCCAGGCGCUCGGCAUCCGCUUCGCCGACCACCGCCUGUACAUGGGCGCCCAGAAGACUGUCCAGACGGCCGCGACCAACGGCGUGCGAGUGCAGCUCGAGGGCGUGUUCGACGUCGUGGCCAACGCCGUGCCCAUCACCCAGGAAGACUCCCGCGUCCACAACUACGGCGUGACAGAGGAGGACGACAGCCUCGCGCACCUGGACCUGGGGUUCAGGUUCUUCGGCCUCACCGACUACGUGCACGGCGUGCUCGGGCAGACCUACCGCUCCGACUACGUGAACCGGCUGAGCGUGAGCUCGAACAUGCCGGUCAUGGGUGGGGCGCCCAAGUACGUCUCCUCGGACAUCUUCACCACCGACUGUGCCGUCGCAAGGUUCGGCGCCGCUGGCAUCUCCAUGGUCACUUCCAGGGCCUAUUAA